AUGAAGAGCAAUGCCGAGGAAGACAGUGAUGAGGAGAGUGAGAUGGUGGAGGAGGAGGACGAAGACGAGGACAGUGAGGAAGACCCUAAGAAAAAGAAAGGGAAGAACAAAAAGGAGGCCUCCAAAGCCAUGGGUGGUGCCUCCCACUUGGUGAUGGGGCUGGCGGGCAAUGAUGCCCGGAAGAAGAAGGGGGCGAAGAAGGAGCAUGCCAAGGCUCAGCUGAAAGGGGCUACCAAGGCUAUGGCUGGUUUAUCUAGGAGGGAAGUGGAACCUCCCCAGUCCAAAAUGAAGAAGAGCCUGAAGAGUGCGUCCAAGCUCUUCAUGGGCUUCAAGAGGCUAGGCCUGAAGCGCUCCAAGAAGGGGCAGUUCAAGAACACCUCCCGGUUUUUCUGGGGGCUAAAUAAAUACAGCACGAAGAAGCAGAUGAAGAAGAAGAAGGCAGUGCUGAAAUCCACCUCCAACCUCAUGAUGCGCUUCAAGAGUGUAGGGAAGAAGAAGAAGAAAGCGGAGGCCAGUGGCAACCCAAAAAAGCCCUCUUUCCUGCUGAUACGGCUGGGACUGGGAGGCGAGAAACCGAAGGAGGAGGGUGGGUUCUUCAGCAGCCUCUUCCGCCGAAGGAGAACGAAAGAGAAAUUCAAACCUCGGGCUCAGAUCCUGAGCAAAGCUGCUGCCGCCACCAGCUGGCUGACAAGAAAGUUCCUGUCCAAACGGGCCAAGCUUACCUACAAUGAGAGGUCCAUGAAUGAGGCCUGGCUGUCUAGGAUUGGAGCCAAGAAACUCCCCUUCCCGUCAGAGGAUGAGAUUCUGAGGCACCGAGCCAACAUGAAAAGGUUCUCUGGAGCCAGGAGGCUCUACGGACAAGGGGAAGAGGAAUAUGGCUACCAGCCAAAUUUUGAACAUGGCGGCCUUGUGAGGCAUCCCUCUGGGAGGUUCUCACAGCCCAGGCCAAGUGGGUAUGAGGGCUCUGCAGUCCCACUGGACUAUUACAACUGUUACCAGGAUGACAGCAGCUUUUACGACCUGCAGGCCCCAGCUCAGUAUGGCUACCCUGAGGAGGAAAGCUACCUCCAGGCACCAACUGACUAUGCAGACGGACACGACUUUCAUAACAGAAGGGUAUCUGAUUACGAACACUACCCUGGAUAUGAUAUGGAAGAAGACUAUGGGCUUUACGAAGAGCCCCUGGACUACUACGAUGAUGCGCUGCAAAACCAGUCUGACUACUAUGACUGUGAAGACCAGGAUUAUGAAUCACCUUCUGGCUAUUCACCAUACGAACCCUAUGACCAAUAUAGGAGCGAUAUGGAUUACUAUGAAGAGCAAACAGGGCCAUACGGCUCUUUUGAAGACAAAUAUGGUCCUUCUGGAUGGCCCUACAACCUGAGGGUAGAUGAAAUGGGCUAUCUGGAUGAUUAUUCCCCUCAGCAUGAAAUCAGUUACAGCGAAUACGAAUGGGGCCCUCCAGCUCAGUCUUCCUAUAACCCUUAUGCGUAUCCUUUGGAUGAUAUAACAGAGAUGGAUGAGCCAGAGGAGUUGGCGGAUGAGAAUGGAGAUUAUCCUUUUAUGCUCCCCAAUUCUUCCUUCUUUGAGCAGCAGGGGAUCGAGGAAACGUUGCCUUCUAAACUGUCGUUAAACAGGAAGUUCAGGCUCUUCCCCAGGCCUCAGGUGAAGCUGUUUGGAAGAGACAAACUUGAUGUUCCCCUCCCUCCUUCUCCGCAUAUUUCUCUUGGCGGUGUGGAUCAAGAUGAGGAUGACUAUGGUGAAUAUGAGCCACUGGCGUCUCCAUUCGCCCAGUUCAGCGUUGGGGAUCCCCAACCCUCAGUGACAUACGGCCAUGUUGGCCAGGCUCAUGGCAGCUGGCUUACAAGGUCUCACUCUCCAAAGUCAAUGGGAAGCAGGUUCGACCCUAGUGGCCAGCAAGGCAAUGUCCAGGAGGCGCAUUUGCAAAGUUUCUGUCCGCGAGGAUGUGGGAGCCCCCUAGGGCAGUUCUUACAAAGAUCCCUCAUGCAACCAAAACCCAUUUUAAAACACUGUGGGAGCAAGGUGAAGAGCAGGCCUCCCAUGCCCCCUCCAGUAAGGAGGGCAACAUCUUUGUCAUGUGGUGAGAGCGGGCCUCUGAGGCCACCUUCCCCUCAGCCAUCAAUUAGACAUGGCGACAUGCCAAGUUCUACCUCUUCCCCGAAACUUAGCAGGCAGCGUAGGAGUCCAGAGAGACAGAGCUUUCAUCACUCUUCUCCACAGCCCUCUGUAAGACGUUUUGACAUCCCCCAGGAGAAAUCGCAUGACCAGCAUCCAUUUAUUGAGCCGCCCUAUAAAAAGUUUGGCCAUAAAUUAGCAGGGAUGGAGACCUUGGACUCUGCACCUUUCUUGCCUAUGAGGAAAUUUGAUUACACAGCCAGUAACAACAACAACUCCCAAAGGCCUCCUUCCCCUCAGCCUUCCCGGAGGAGCAUCUCCUCCUCCCCACAUCCUUUAAGGAGAGUGGGAAGCAGAAGCAGCCUGGAGCCUCUCAGGCCACCGUCUCAUUCUUCUGUGCGGCAGAGACCCCCUUUUCCAAAACCCAGUGUGAAAAGGCUCAACUUUAACCAGCCGCAGCCGGAUUUUCAAAAGCCAGAGACGAACAACCCCUUUCUGCAGCGGUUUGGUAGUCACAUGAUGAGGAAGUCUCCACAGCUUCCCUCUUACCAGACAGCAAUGAGACCCAGAAGUCCCCCUCCCUCACCACGAUCCUCUCUGAGGAUGAAGAACCCUCCUUCUGCUCCUCCUCCCUCUUUGAGGAGACCAGGGUCUCCAGUGGCCAGAGAAAAUGUCUCCUCCACCGCUGGGAGCACAGCACCUAUAGAUUCCACCUUCCAGCCCAUGCCAUCUCCUAGGCCAACAGUUCAUAACCCAUUCCUCAGUCAGAGGAGUUGGUCUCCACAGCCUGUGCUAAAGCACGUCAAUAGCACAAGGGCCACCUGCAGCCCCCACGCUGUGCUGAAAGGCAAAGCAAACCUGGGCCCUCAGUCACAAAGAACUGUGGCCUUCAAAGGCCCCCAUUCUGUGACGGGAGCUGGCCCCUCCUUUGCCCGGUCCCCAUCCCUGCAGGAAGCAUGCAGCAGACCAGCAAAACUCCUUACUGAGCAAUUUGAGAAUGAGGACAUGUCAGGGGAGGACGGCACGGGGAGGUACGCUGUUGUCAUGCCACAGAUCCAGAGGCUGGGGACCUUCAGAAGGAUGUCCUACAUGCACAAGCAGCACUGGUCUAAGCAGCAGAUGGUGAAUGUCCGUGCAUCACCCAACGCGUGGUUUUCUGAGAAACUGCUUCAUAACCCUCCCACUGAGAGCCUGAACAAGUGGUCAGGCCGGCGAGGAGACAGUGCCGCUGGGUACCUGACCCACAGAUCCUCAGUGCAGAACCAGGGUGGUGGGAACCACUGGGAGCGUCGGAACACAGGCAAAAAACCGCCCUGGCAUGAUAAGAUGCACUCCAUCCACAACUUACCGUCCAGGAGCCCCCAAGAAGAGCCGAAGGAAGAUGGCGUGGAGGACAUGACCCAGCUGAAGGAUCUCCAGGAGGGCGCAGUGCUGCAGAACAUCAAGACGAGGUUUGACCGCGAGUUAAUCUAUACCUACAUAGGCAGCAUCUUAGUGUCCGUGAACCCCUACAAAAUGUACAACAUCUACGGGACGGAGCAGGUGCUGCAGUAUGAAGGAAGGGCACUGGGAGAGAAUCCCCCGCACCUUUUUGCUAUUGCAAACGUCGCCUAUACCAAAAUGAUGGAUGCCAAACACAACCAGUGUAUUAUCAUCAGUGGCGAAAGUGGUUCUGGCAAAACGGAAGCCACCAAGCUGGUCCUGCGUUACCUCGCAGCAGUCAGUCAGAAACGCAAUGUGAUGCAGCAGAUAGAGAUCCUCGAAGCGACACCCCUGCUGGAAUCGUUCGGAAAUGCCAAAACAGUGAGGAACGACAACUCCAGCAGGUUUGGGAAAUUUGUGGAAAUCUUUCUGGAGGAAGGCUUGAUCUGUGGUGCCAUAACCUCACAGUACCUUCUUGAGAAAUCAAGGAUCGUGUUUCAGGCCAAAAACGAAAGGAACUAUCACAUAUUCUAUGAGAUGCUGGCUGGCCUUCCUGCUCAGCAGAAGCAGCAAUUCUGCCUUCAAGAUGCAGAAACUUAUUAUUACCUGAACCAGGGGGGUAACUGCGAGAUUCCUGGCAAGAGUGAUGCUGAGGAUUUCUGGAGGUUGCUCAGCGCCAUGGAGAUCCUGAACUUCAGCACCGAAGACCAAAACAGCAUCUUCCGAAUUCUGUCUUCCAUCCUCCACCUGGGGAACGUCUACUUUGAAAAAUAUGAGACAGACUGCCAGGAGGUCGCAUCAGUGGUGAGUGCAAGAGAGAUCCGUGCGGUAGCCGACCUGCUCCAGAUCUCCCCAGAGGGGCUGCAGAAGGCCAUGACAUUCAAAGUGAUGGAAACGCUGAGGGAGAAGAUUUUCACCCCCCUCACUGUGGAAAGUGCCGUUGAUGCCAGGGAUGCCAUUGCCAAGAUCCUGUACUCCCUGCUCUUCAGCUGGCUCACGGACAGGAUCAACAAACUGGUCUACCCUAAAAAGGAGGCUCUUUCCAUAGCCAUUCUGGAUAUCUAUGGGUUCGAGGACCUCAGCUUUAACAGCUUCGAGCAGCUAUGUAUCAAUUAUGCAAAUGAAUAUCUGCAAUUCUUCUUCAACAAGAUCAUCUUUAAGGAGGAGCAGGAGGAGUAUGUCCGGGAACAGAUAGAGUGGAAAGAAAUCACCUUCAGCGACAACCAGCCCUGCAUCGAUCUCAUUGCUCAAAAGCCACAUGGGAUUCUGAGGAUCCUGGAUGAUCAGAGCUCCUUCCCUCAGGCCACAGACCAUACCUUCCUUCAGAAGUGUCAUUACCACCAUGGCUCCAAUGCAUUAUACACCAAACCAAAGAUGCCUCUCCCAGAGUUCACCGUCAAACACUACGCUGGCAAAGUAACCUACCAGGUGCACAAGUUCCUGGAUAAAAACUAUGAUCAAGUUCGCCAGGACGUUCUGGACCUUUUUGUCAACAGCAAAACCAAAGUGGUGGCCAACCUCUUCUUCGGCCAUGCCCAGCUGGUGGCCCAGCAGAGGUCCAUGAUGGGGAAGAACAGCACAGUCACCCGGCGGUAUAAAGCACCGACGGUGGCAGCUAAGUUCCAGCAGUCACUCCUGGACUUGGUGGAGAAGAUGGAGAGGUGCAACCCAUUCUUUGUCCGCUGCCUCAAACCCAACAACAAGAAGGAGCCAGCUGUCUUUGAGGAGGACAUUGUCAGCAGCCAGCUCAGGUACUCUGGAAUCCUCGAGACCAUCCGCAUCCGCAAAGAGGGCUUCCCAGUUCGCAUCCCCUUCCAGAUCUUCAUCGACAGGUACAGGUGCCUUGUAGAUGUCCGGCCCGGCCUCACCCCAGAUGGUGUGAGCUGCGUGGAGGUGCUGAAGAAGCUGUGUGCUGUGAGUCCCACCACAUACUGCAUUGGAGUCAGCAAGCUGUUCAUGAAGGAGCACCUGUACCAGCUGCUGGAGAGCAAGCGGGACCGUGCCCUGCACCUGGCAGCGCUCAUCCUGCAGCGCUACGCCCGCGCCUUCUUCAUCAAGAAACGCUUCCGCUCGCUGCGCCGCAAGAUCAUCCUCCUCCAAAGCCAGUCCCGGGGCUACCUGGCCAGGCAGAGGUACAAGCGGCUGAGGAAGAGUCUGAUCAAGUUCAGAUCCCUGGUGCAUAUGUAUGUGAAUCGCAGGAGGUACCUCAAGAGGAAGGAGGAGGCUCGCAGGCGGGCGGAGGAGGAGAAGAAAAAGGCUGAGCAGGAGCUGACCAAGAGGGAAGUGGUGGAUGUAACGCACCUGGAAGUCUCUGCUGAGCUGGCGGGGCUGCUGGAGCAGGCAGCAGCUCACAAGCCGGUGAAUGCUCAGUGCGUCGUUCCAGUCCCUGCGCCCAAACUGCAAACGGACUCCCAGCUCACCCUGCCACUUGACAUCAACAACUACCCCAUGGCCAAGUACGUGCGGGUCCACUUCCAGGAGCCGUCGUUCGGGAUGCUUACCAUGCCACUGGUGUCCCCGCUGACCCAGUUGGAGGAGGAGCUGGUGCCGGAAGCACUCAGUCUGUUCAAGCUGAUUCUGCGCUUCAUGGGUGACCCGCACCUCAGUGGGACCCCAGAGAAUCUGUUUGGGAACUACAUCGUGCAGAAGGGGCUCUCGGCGCCGGGCCUGCGGGACGAGAUCCUGGCUCAGAUCGCCAACCAGGUGUGGCGCAACACAAACGUCAACAACGAGGAGCGGGGCUGGCUCCUGCUGGCCGCCUGCCUCAGCAGCUUUGCCCCCUCUGCCGACCUGGAGAAACACCUGCUCAAGUUUGUUUCCGACUACGCCUUUGAUGGCUACAAGCCGCUGUGCCAGCACAAGCUAAUGCAGGCCAUGCUGAGGUCCCAGCUUGGCCCCGAGAUGGCCCGGGCCUACCCACCGUCGCUGCUCGAGUGGAUGGCCAACAGGCAGAGAGCAAGCAUGGCCUUGGACAUCUACUCCUUCAAUGGUGACCGCUUCUCCUGCCCAAUCCAUUCCUGGAGCACAGGGGAGGAGCUGGCAGGGGACGUGCUGAAGCACAGGGGGCUGACGGAAGGCUGGAGGGGCUGGUCCAUCUCCAUGAAGGAUGGCACCCAGUGGGCUGAGCUGGCUGGCCACGAUUACAUCCUGGACCUUGUUUCCGACCUGGAGCUCCCCAGGGGCUUCCCCAAGCAGAAAUCUUAUUUCAUCGUUGCUUCAGAAGGGGCAGACAAGGGCAGCGGUGCCACCAGCACAGUAUUCGGACAAAGCUUGGAUUCGGACGAGGAAGUCCCUCCUCCCCCACUCACAAAGGCCCCCACUGUGCCACCUCCAAACACCCCUGACUCAGAUGGAUAUUACAGUCGUGCAGAUUCUGACACCGUCAGCGAAGCUCGAACGCACAAGGGGUUGGAUCGUUACCUGGACAGUCUGUUUGACCCGGUCCUGUCCUAUGGGAAUGGGGACUUGGAGAAGCCGGCUGCUCUCUCCCGGAAGAUGAAAGGAGGAGGCCGGGUAGGAGGGGGGGGCAGCAAUGUGGACCAAGGCAGUGCCAGAGUAACCAUGGAGAUGCCCCAGCAGACUGGUUUCCAGGAUCCCAGCUUGGUGCUGCAGCGUGACCACAUCAAGCAGCAGGCCCUGCUCCCGGCUCGUCAGAUCACCAGGCAGGCGACGGCUCUGCAGCAGCAUCAGGUGGACAGCACAGCCUCUCCCAAUGCCUCCCAGGCCACCAGCCCCAGACCUGCCGACAGAGCCCCCAGCACAGUCCAGAGCGUGCCCAGCACAGCACUGCCGCUGCAGAGGACGGCUGUGAGCGGGACACCAGCCAGGACGGCAGCCCUCUUGCAGAAAGCCGCUCCGGCCUCCAGGCUGCGGGCUGGUGAGCUGGUGCGGCCGGCCAAGCUGAGCUCACAGCACUUCCCCGAGCCCACACAGCACAUCAAGAACAUCAUUAAGCAGUGCCAGCGGCCCGCCAGGCUCCCCGAGCCCAUCAGGAAGGAAGGUGGGAAGGUCUUUGUGAAGAAGAUGGAUCCCCAUGAGGAGGCUAUGAUGAUCUUAAAGGGGCAGAUGUCAGUGGCGCCGGGCCCCCCAACAGCCGUGGCCAAGGAAGCAAUAGCCAUGGUGAAGCCUGUUACCAGCAGCAAGAGGUCUUUGCUGCCAUCACCAGCCGCCGUUCCCUCACCGGCUCUCCCGGCCGAGCACGAGCAGGUCCAGACACAGCUGCACCGGUGCUGCAGCGAGGAGUUCUACGCCUACCGCAACGUGUCCUGGAAGAUAUAUAUCAGGAAAGAGGUGUUCUAUCCUAAGGAUAACUUCAACAACCCUUUGUUGCUGGAUCUCAUUUUCAGACAGAUCUUCCACGACACGCUCUCCGACGCCUGCCUUAGGAUCACCCCGGAGGAGCGGCUGCGCAUGAAAUCCCUCUUCGCGGAAAACAAGCUGGACUCAUUCAGCCCAGUGGCCGACGACAGCGUUAAGAAGGAGAUUGUGAUUGCAGCCCGGGACAGCUGGGAGGUUUACUUCUCCCGCCUCUUCCCCGCCACGGGCAGCGUUGGCACCGGGGUGCAGAUCCUGGCAGUGUCUCACACGGGGAUUAAACUGCUGUGGCUGGUCAAGGGCACCAACAUGCCAGGGGAGCAGCUACGGGUACUGCGGGGCUACAGCUACACCGAUAUCCUGUUCGUGACCAUCCCCUCCAAGCACAUGCUGGAGUUCAACCUGACCAAUGAGAAGCUCAUCCUCUUCUCCCCCAAAGCCCCCCAGGUGAAGGCCAUGAUCGACUAUUUUAUCACGGAGCUCAAGAAGGACUCGCAGUACGUGGUUGCCGUGAAGAGCUACAUUACAGACGACAGGAGCCUGUUGAGCUUCCACAAGGGGGACAUCAUCCACCUGCAGCCGCUGGAGCAGCCUGAAAGAGACCACUGGCAUGGAUGUGUGGUCCGCAAGAAGGUGACGUACCUGGAGGAGCUGAAGAGGGGCACCCAGGACUUUGGGUGGAAAUUUGGUGCCAUCCACGGGAGGUCGGGGCGCUUCCCUGCUGAGUAUGUCCAGCCUGUGGCAGCCCCAGAUUUUAUUCACCUGCCAGCGGACAGGAAAGAGGAACCCAAGAACAAGCAGGGCAAAGUGGUGGCCUCGGCGGCCAUGGCAGUGGCCGUGGCCUCCACGGCCGUGGCUCAGGAGCUGGACAGGAAGAUCGAGGUGUCCCCCAUGGGCAGCGACUAUGCGGAGAGCGUGGAGGAGUAUGGUGGCGAGCUUCCUGAGGACGGUGCCCUGGAGGGCAGGCAGUUCCCCAUGCAGGAAUUUGCCAAGAAGUAUUUCCGGGAGGCGCAGAGGACAAAGACGGAUUCCUGCAAGCAGAAAUCCCGGAAAGGGAAGGACUCGCCGGACGUAGCAGAGAUGGUGAAAUUCACCAAGUGCCCACUCCAGGAGUCGCUGAUCGAAUUCACCGACAGCUGCCUGAACAGAGCCGCAGUCGAGGCCUUCCAAGCCGUAAUGAAGUUCAUGGGCGACUGGCCUCUCAAGGGGCAGACGGAGCUGGACGUCGUCUGUGCUGUGCUCAAGCUGUGUGCUGACCAGGAGGUCAUGAGGGAUGAAGUGUAUUGCCAGAUCGUCAAGCAGACCACAGACAACACCAGCCCCAAGAUGGACAGCUGUCAGAAGGGAUGGCGGCUGCUCUAUAUCCUGACUGCCUACUACAAGUGCUCCGAGGUCCUGAAGCCCUACCUGCUGUGGCACCUCCAGGAGACCUGCAGGAGCCCUGGGACGCAGUUCCAAGGUAUUGCCAAGGCCUGCGAGCAGAACCUCAGGAAGACCUUCCAGUUUGGCGGCCGGCGCCAAUUUCCCAGCAGCCUGGAGCUCAAAGCCAUGGUGGCCGGCCGGAGCGCGAAACGCCAGCUGUUUCUCCUGCCGGGAGGGAUCGAGAGGCACCUGAAGAUCAAAACGUGCUCGGUUGCACUGGACGUGAUCGAGGAGAUGUGCUAUGAAAUGGGGUUGCAUCGGCCCGAGGCCUUUGACGAAUAUGUCAUCUUUGCUGUUACCAACGGAGGUCAGAAUGUCCGCCCCUUGAGUAGACGGGAGUAUAUCCUUGACGUGGCCACGGAGAUGGAGCAAGUGGACAACAGCUACAUGUUCUGGUACCGGCGCGUCAUCUGGACCCAGCCACUGAAAUUUGACAAUGAGCUGUAUGUCACCAUGCACUAUAACCAGGUCCUGCCUGAUUAUCUCAAGGGGCUUUUCAACAUCCUACCUCCCCUGCAACCCAGCGAACAGCAGUGCCGGCAGGUCUCCAAACUCGCAGCCCUCCAGCACCGGGCCAAGGACAGCAUGUACCUGCCCACCGUCCGCGAGGUGCAGGGCUACGUCCCGCCCCAGUUCUGCCAAGCACUGAAGGCUCAGUCGUGGCUCAACGCAGUGCUGCAGCAUAUGCCGCAGGUCCAGGCCCUGAGCGCCCACCAGGCCAGAGCUCAGUUCCUAGGGCUCCUGAGCGCCUUCGCCAUGUUCGGCUCUUCCUUCUUCUACAUCCAGAGCUGCAGUAACAACGCCAUCGUUUCGCCGUGCAUCCUGGCCGUCAACCAGAACGGCCUCCACUUCCUCCACAAGGACACCCACGAGGUGAUUGUGAAGUUCUCGCUGAAGGAGAUUCAGUCCACGAGGACCCAGCGGUCCACAGCUGGCUCCAGCUACCCCUAUGUGGAGAUCAUGCUGGGAGACUUGAUGUCACAGAGGAUGACGCAGCUGCAGCUGGAGCAGGGCCUAGAGUUGUGCUGCGUGAUCGCCACCCACAUGGAAAGUCUGUUGUACGCUCGCGAGAAGAGACUUACCCUCCCUCCCAGUGAGAUUACGCUGCUCUGAUCAGGCGUGUUACACACACACAUGCUCGCACGCUCCCUCCCUAACAGCUACUUGAGUGAAAGCCAGCAUGGAGAUAAGCAAAUAUCUCUAUGUCCUGGGAGAGGCAACGUAGACUAAAUAUAGACACCGAUGGGACAGAUUCCCAACUGGUUUGAGUCAGCAUAGCCCCUCUGAUUUCAGUGGCUGGGGCUGACGGACAUCUGCUGAGGGGCUGGGGUGGGGGAUUUACAGACCAUAUGUGAGGUCUGAGGCGUGAAGAGUGUGGGGAAUGCAGUCUGGCCAGUUAACAGGUGAACACAGAUGCCUUAAUUUAUAUUUAAUAACUGCCCUCCUGGACAUAGGGCGUGACCUUUUUCCAGAAUCAAGUGUAUUUAAUCCAUUAUUUUAGUAGCAACAUAUUAACAGAUUGUCCUUGAGUAGGACAUGCCCAGUUUUGCACAUCUGCCUGUUCCAAGGACCCAGAAAUCUAACUGCUCACGUGCUGCAUACACCAGAUGGCUUUUACUUGUGUUCGCUCCUGGUUUUUUGGUCUUGUUUGUCCUGUGAGCUAAUUCUCGUUUUUAUAAGUGUCACUGGGGCACCUGUAUUUGUAUACUGCUCUGUAGUGCUAGCCCUGUAAAUGGCUUCCCGUUUUUGUAACUUUUUGCACUCAACGUUGCUUUGAGAUUUUAUUUUGUUUCUAAUUUGUGCAAAAUUAAAAAUUCCUUUUAAGUCCAAAGCCACCUGUCAUUUGGGUGUGCUGGGGAACUAAGUCCUUUCUCUUUCCUCAACCCAGGAUUUGUGUAGAGCAGGGGUUCUCAAACUUCAUCGCCCCCUUCUGACAACAAAAAUUACUACAGGACCCCAGAGGAGGGGAACGAAGCCUGAGUCUGAUGGAGCCCUGUCACCCCAGAGCAGGGCGCAAACCAAAACUCCAUUUCCUCAGGCCCGGAGGCCAAAGACGAAGCCCUGCUGCCCAGGACUGAAGCCCUCGGGCAGGGGCUUUAGCUUUGGUCCCAGCAAGUCUAAGCCAGCCCUGGCGACCCCAUUAAAAUGAGGUCAUGACCUACUUUGAGGUCUUGACCCUCAGUUUGACAACCGCUGGUGUAGAGCCAAGAGCAGAGCUUGCAGUCUAGUUUCAACUGCUUGCCAGUGAACCCUACUGUCAAUGCCAGUCUGACCAACUCACAGACAUUUAUGCCAGGACAAGAGUGUUUAUGGUUUACCCUAGGCUGUAUCCUAAGACAAAUGUGUGCCAGGACUAGACUAUUUACAAUCGUGUUCAUUAACUGGCCGUCAGUUAACGCAGGUUAAAAGAGGCCCCCAAACUCUAGUCCGGACGGAUCCCCACAGAACAGUGAAGCACUCGAUGGUCAUAUUUGCACUCAGGUUCUGGUGAUAUUCGAGGAUCGCUACAGCUUCUCUGCUGCUAGCAACAGAGGCGGCGCUAGCCUGGACCAGCCAUAAGUGCUUUACCACCAUGGCAACUAGGCCUUGAGAAAGGGCAGUUUCUACACUGCGAUUCACUGAAUCUAUUCAAGCCCUUCAUCUGAAUCACUGCAUUUCUUUACACGACAGAUGAUCAUGUGGUUACGGCACAGGACCAGGAAUCCGGGUUAUGUUAGUGGCCCUCCCAGACUUUCCACGUGACUUUGGACAUGUCCCCUAGGGAUUACUGUGGCAUUUAAAGCCGCAUCCAAGCUGCAGCAAUAUCGCAAGUGUUUGCCAACUGAACCCCUGCCUUAAUGUAAACGCAGAACUGAGACGAGCCUGGGUUGGUGACACGGCAGAUAGUCUGCAAGGGACUCAGAGUUAAAGGCUGCCACAAACUCAGCGGAACCAGCAUCAGCCAAAACGUUAACAGUGACUCCCACGAACUGAACCAGAGAGCUUUGUAUAGCAUGACCUCUACGUUCACCACGGACAGGCCUCACUGUAUUCCGUGAGCAGCCAGGUGCCCUGGGAGUUCUGAAAUUCCCACUAGGAGCCUAGCUGCCUCUUUAGGCACCUAAUCCUGGCCCUAGGAGCUCAUAAACCAGUGAGUUCCUUGAGGCCAACGCAGAGGCUCCAGUUUCAUAUCCUACUGUUGGCAUAGAGUGGGGUGGGGUACGUUUGAUUUGCUAGAGGCUGGGUGUGACAAGUGGAGUGGAACUCCCCCAAGGAUGGGAGAGAUGGAGAGUCUGAGCAGGGGCGCUGGCUCAGACCCAGCUCAAAAGCAAACCCCUAUAGCACAGUCCUGGCAGCCUGGAAGGCAGGAUGGGCUAGUGGGAUGGGUGCUAGCAUAUGACUCAGGAAACCAAGGUUCAGUUCCUCAUUUACCAAACUUCCUGCGUGAUUUUGGGCAAGUCAUUUAAUCUGUCAGGGGGAUAAAGCACUUCUGUGCCAGAGAGGGGUGUUGUGAGGAAUUAGAGACUAGGAGGUGAGGUGCUCCAACACUACCGAGAAGAGGGCCAGCCAGGUACUCAGGUAGAGAGAUUAGCUCUCUUCUCCAGCACCCUGAAAGGACCUGUCCAGCCUUGCUCCCACUGAAGUCCAGGACAAAGUUCUUAUUGGUCUCAGGUGCAGCAUUGGUCCCAAAAUGUACUUUAUGUCUGGUAUGAAAUUUGGGACCAGAAUUGGAAGGGAUAGGGUGUUGCCACAACUCAGGACACCAGCACAUCACUGCAGGCACCUCCCCCAGGCUGGUUGGACUGUGCGGCCUUUUUGAAGGAGAGGAUUGUUGCAGUGCUGGUUCACCCAGCCGCUGAUAAUCUCAACAAGUGAGACUGUUUGUUGGCAACUGCAGAGCGGAGCUAGUUUUGUACUCAACUUCUGUUGUGACUCACUGGCAGGAGAGGGAUUGGAUCCCCCAGGGUCUGUUCUCCUGCUUCCUGGUAAAGCAGCCCUGUGUAUGGCCAUGUGCUGGCGGGGACAGACUUCCAUCCACUUCCCUGAGAGUUGGGGGGGCUGGACACAGUAAGCAGUGAAAGAGCAGAGCCGGGUAGGGAGCGAGCUCCCCCUUCUGUCCCCGCUCAGCUGCAAUUGCUCACUGAGGAAAUCUUUGUGUGUCUCUUUUCCCUUGUGUUUCUCCACCCCGCCCCCCCAUCACCACAGACUGACCCUGCUCCUUUGGAGCAAGAUGCCAGCCUUGAGAGCCAGAUAUGGUUGUCAGGUAAGCUGAUCUUUCCUCUCGCUGGGGCUGAGACCACUGCUCCCACCAGCUGAGUUGUUUGGGUGCAAGCUUGCAUCCUGCUCUCAGACCCCCUGUUGUUUGACAAGAGACAGCUGGGCUGACCCAACUGCUUACUAGGGAUGUAAAAUGUUAACCGGUAAGCACUAGUCUUACCGGUUAACCUGUCUUAACCGUUAACAGCUGGCCGACCGACCCCAGUAGCCCGUGUUAGUUGGAGCAGCCCCAGCCGCACCGCCUGGCCAGAUCGGCCC